AUUAUAAAGCGGAAGUGAUGGCAAUUUCUUUAAAAACAAAAAGAGACAUGACAAUCCAUAGCUAAUCGGGAAUUGAUUUUGAAAGAGCUGGGUAUUCGAGCACUAUAAGCAGCAUGGCGGACCUGAAUGGUUUGCUUUCGCUGUUCUCCUUAUUCUUGGUGUAUGUAGGAGAGGCAGUUGGGGGUACUAACAGUUUAUUUACCGUAGAAGAUUGUCGUGCAUUAGGAUUCGCUCCAUCGCUAUCCUGUGCUUCUUGCGAUGAGUUAGAUAAAUUUAAACUUGGCGCUAUAAAAGAUGACUGUCAACAAUGUUGUCAGAGUGAUGAGACUCAAGAUCCUUUACAAUUACUGCCUUAUGCAGAACUAAUUGUAUGUAGCUGAAAAUUGGGAAGGUUUCCACAGGUUCAAGCUUUCGUGAAGAGUGAUCGUCCAAAUCAGUUUCCAGGAUUAAAAAUAAAAUAUGUCCGAGGUGCUGAUCCCAUUAUUAAAUUAAUGGAUGAAAAUUAUCAAGUCAAGGAGACACUCGGAAUUGAAAAGUGGAACACAGACUCUGUGGAGGCCUUCUUCCAUGAACGACUACGAAAAUAAUUUAAGUUCUGAUUGAAAGAUCAGAUGAAGAAUGCUGAGAUAUUGCUGAAAAUCUCAUGAUGAAGAGAGAUUAAAAGUUAUUUUCAUAAUUUUAUCACGCUCAUCUACGAUUUUUUCUGAUGAAAUUCUCUAUGAUUGUUUUACUGUAAACCGUAAAAGGGCAUGUAAGACUUGAUGUUUGUGAAUUGCUUCAGACUGCUCUACCAGUUUUUUUCUCAAAAUUAUGUAUAUGGUGCAGGAAAAUUCAUUUGAAGUUAAAUCAUAUUCGAAAAUUUUAUAAAACUAUUUAUUGUCAUAUGUAUGUAUUUCAUUUAAUGUAGAAAAUACUUAAAGAUACAUUAUGGGAGAUUAGAUAAAGAGCUGGCAGUUCUCACUAUAAUAGUUAAAAACUAGAUAAUGUAAGGCAAUUGCUGAAAAUUUCAGUCAAAUUGAUAUACUCUGAACCGAGAAUAAAGCGAUUGAAAUUUCAACCUAGCCUCGAUCAUAUUACUAAAGUAGGUACGAUAAAAAAACAUAGUCUCGAUUAUCCAUUUCAUGAUUAAAACGUAUCAAAGAUAAGCAGCAAAUCGGAUCCUAAUCCAAUAAAGAUCGCAGGCUAGAGUUGACAUCGAGAGUUGAUUAUGGUCUGGAUAAUGUCUAAUUAAUAAUUUAGAUAACAUUUCAAGCCUAAAGAAAGACCUGUAAUAGGCAGAUUUAGCUCUUGCAUAAUGUAUGUUUAAAAUGACUAGAAAUGUUUGAUUUCAAUCAUGAAUAAAAUUGUUGAUUUCA